AAGAUACCUAUGUAGUUUUCUUUGCAUUUUUGUUUUUGUUUUAAUCAAUUCUAACCAUGGUGGAAUCUAAUGUAAGAAGGAGAAGAAAAGUAAAUGAAAAUUCUCCAACAAGCAAUAAUCCAACGAGACAAGAAAUUGAACCCAAACGUUUGUGGCUGAACUUUACACUAACAGUUACAGCAACUUUCAUCACUGUUUGUGCAUAUGGAUAUUACACAUCUCCCAUAAAAGCUGUUGAAAUAGUUGGAAUUAAACAAAUUCCGAUGGAAGGACGUUUUGCAUUGAAUGAUAAGCUUUCCAAAGGAAAAAGAGUUCCACUACCUGGUCCUGAAUCUAUAGCAGAAGGUGGUGAUGGUAAACUAUACACUGGUUUGGCUGAUGGUAGAGUUGUGUGCAUCCAUCCUUCAAAUGAUGGUGAGAUUGGAGCAGGGAAAGUGGAAAAUAUUACCACUGGUGUGAUAGAAGGAGCUGUCAAUACAUCUGAUGCAUGGAGACAUGGGAGACCACUUGGUAUUCGUCUUCGAAACCAGUCCUUGUAUGUGAUGGAUGCAAUAUAUGGUUUCUAUGUGAUCGACCUUCCAACAAAAUCUCUCAAGAUAUUGAUUGAGCCUGAUGAUGUUACCCCACCCAUGAAGUUUCCUGAUGAUUUUGACAUCACCGCUGAUGGAACAACGGUUUAUUUCACCGAUUGUUCAACCAAAUAUACACUUCCUGAACUGCUCACUCAAUUUCUUGAAGGUAGCUGCACAUCCAGGCUUAUAAAAUAUGACAUGUUGACUCAAAAACUUGAUGUUGUCAAAGAUGGGUUGUGCUUUGGUAAUGGAGUUCAGUUAAUUGAUGACGAAUCAAUGGUUAUUGUUACAGAGUCAACAUACUACAGAGUCAAUUGGAUUGACACAAAAACUUGGGAAAUAAAACAUGUUCUACAUUUACCAAUAAUGCCCGACAAUGUUCGAAGUAACAGCAGAGGAACGUACUGGAUUGCAGGAGCAUUUCGACAAAACUUUGCGUUGUGGAUUAUGUUUAGGUUUCUAAUCUUACGUCAGAUAAUUAUGUCUCUUGUUUCGGAAGCAGCAAUCAUGAGUUCUACUGAUAUGUACCAUGGCAUGGCAAUUGAAAUAAACAGUGUUGGGGAAAUAAUCCAAACACUUCAUGACCAGCAAGGAGCAUUAACAUUUGGUUUAACGCAAACCACUGAAAUUAGUGAUGGCAGAUUAGCUCUUGGAAGUUUUACGUCUCAUGUUCUAGCAAUUGUUGAUUCUUCUUGGUCUUCUGAUGCCUAACACUUUUAAUGUCAUAUAGUACUGUGGGGUAAGAUGGGACACCUUUUAGCACAGCAUAUCCAAAUAACCUGAUCGUGUUUUGAACAAUUAACAAUGGUAUAAGGAGUCAUGAGCAUACGGUUUUACAAUUUUCUGAAUGUUCUUUGUUUACUACCAAAUGUAAAAAGAAAAAAAGAAUAAAAGUGCAUCCCAUCUUCCCCACCCUACUUUAUGAGUAAGCUCUAUAGCAAGGCACACCUUGGAUCUAGGAUUAAGGCUAAAGUUGUCCUAUUACCACUGACCAACUAAUUGAAAAUAUAUGUUGCUUUUUAAUAACCCUAAGACCUUAUAUGAAAACUCUUCAUCCAAAAUAGACGGUGAUUUUUUAUUAUUU